UGCUAAGAAACCAACCACCGUUGCAGCAAUGGCUACUUGUCCCAACUGUAUGGCAUUUCUCCUCUUCUCUUUCAUUUGCAGCUUUUCACUAGUCUUUGGAAUCAAGGCAAACAACCACCAUCUUUUAAGUGUUCAACCUCCGCCACUCCCAACUAGGGCUUGCUCAUCCAAAGAAUAUAAAGGGCGAGGGCUGAAAAUAGUCCAUAGGUAUGGGCCAUGCUCGCCAUUUGAUGGAGAAAAGGCCACACCCAUCCAAAUCCUCCAACAAGACCAAUCUCGAGUCAAUUGGCUUCAAUCCCGACUCACCCACAAUUCCUCCCGACUCGAUGUUCAGGAUACCACUCUACCGGCUCGACCCGGCGAGUCAUUUCACACCGGAAACUACAUUGUGACCGUCGGAUUCGGCACUCCAAAGAAAGACAUGACCAUUGCAUUUGACACAGGCAGUGACCUCACGUGGAUCCAAUGCCAGCCAUGUGCUGGCGGCUGCUACGAGCAGCAGGACCCGAUCUUCAACCCCGCCGAGUCAUCUUCGUAUCUCAAACUAUCAUGCAACUCGGCCGAGUGCUCUAAACUCAGUCUCCCAAAAACAUGCUUCUCAUCUACCUGCGUCUACGGCUCCCGCUACGGCGACGGCUCCCAAUCCAUUGGCUUCUUCGCAAGUGAAACACUGACACUAUCCCCCUCCGACAUCUUCCCCAACUUCCAAUUCGGUUGCGCCCAGCAGAGCAGAGGCCUGUUCGGCAGGAUUGCUGGGUUGCUCGGGCUUGGCCGUGACCCCAUUUCUUUAGUUUCUCAAACAGCAACCAAGUUCGGCCGAGUUUUUUCUUACUGCCUUCCAUCGGUGCCAAGCUCGACUGGGUACCUGACUUUCGGCGCCGACGCCAUCAAGCCCGGAAUUAAAUUCACGCCACUGAUAACGAAAUCCAACGGUCCGUCAUUCUACUUCCUCAACCUGAUUGGAAUAAAUGUCGGAGGACAGGCGGUAGCGAUACCCACAUCAACAUUCGAAUCCCCUGGCACCAUUAUCGAUUCCGGCACCGUCAUUAGCCGCCUACCCUCAUCGGCUUAUGCUGCGCUGAGGUCGGCAUUCCGGCAGGCGAUGUCGAAGUACACGCCGGCUACUUCUCCAAUAUCCUUAUUUGACACGUGUUAUGAGUUGGGUGGGGCGGAAGAUCCAGGGGUUCCUAAGGUAGUGCUGCGUUUUGAGGGGGAUGUGGAUGUUAAUGCGGGUUACUCUGGGACUAUUCGACAAUUGAGCGAGACGGUAGGCUGCCUGGCAUUUGCUGCGAAUGAUGAUAACGGCGACUUCACCAUCAUAGGAAAUAGCCAGCAGCUGACACUUGAUGUGGUUUAUGAUGUCGCUGGAGGUAGGCUGGGAUUCGGCCCUGGCGAUUGCCGUUGAGCGCUUUGGCAAUAUAUUUGAAAGUAGAGAGAAGAACUAAAAAAUUAAGUAAUGGUGGUGAAGAAGACUGAUUAAGAAAUAGUAUGUAAUAAGAUGGGGAGACGAAG